AUGGCACAUCAUGGAUGGUGCGACAAUGCGCGCAUAAGUGAGCGAGCGCUGAGAGAGCAAGCGAGCAGUCCUGAGAUGCAGUUGGGUCUAACCCAGCGUGUACAUCAGAAACAGUUGACAGAUGAAAAGGAACAGACAGAUUGGAUCAAAGACACUGUAUAUUUCACAAAGAUUAAGUUCAUGGAUGGAAUCCUCCUGGAACUGUCGAAUCCUAUUCGAAAUCAUCAAAAACUACCCAAACUGCUUGAGCAGAUAGAAGGUGUCUUCCAUCGUGAAAUACCUGGAUCUCAGGUCUCACUUAGUGUCCCUUGGUCUCCAGACUGUCGAGUUGGCAUGUGCAAUGAUUACACAUCAAUAGCAAAGUCCUGUGACUUUUUACAUGUGAAGGCCUAUGACAUGCAACUUGAAAUGUGGGAUGAGUGCUUUGCGAAAGCAAAUGCUCCCUAUCACCAAACAUUAACAGGUCUGUCCCAUUAUAUCAAGCUGGGUGUUGAUUCCAAAAAGCUCGUACUAGGACUCCCAUGGUUUGGUUAUGACUAUCCUUGUGAGCAUUUCUAUGAGCCUGGAAGAUGCAAAUUGCCGAAGUUUACUUUUAAAAGUGCUCCAUGCAGUUCCCAAAUUGCAAAGCGGAUUGCAUAUAAAGAGACCAUGCAGAUGCUGCCCAGAUCGAUCACUGGUAGAUAUUGGGAUGAUAACUACAAAUCUCCGUAUUUUGUUUACACGGAUAAAGGUGUUUACCAUGAGGUCUGGUAUGAUGACCCAGAGAGUCUUUCACUAAAGUCGUCUAUUGUGAAGAAAUUAAAACUUGGUGGUAUUGGGGCCUGGUUUGGAAAUAACCUAAAUUACAGUGAGAAUCCGACAGCAGCAAUGCAAACUGAAGACAUGUGGAAUGCUCUCUGCCCGAACAGAUUAAAAUGGAGAACUUGA